AUGGAAUGUGGACCAGCCUGCGACUACAGAUGCUCUGCAACAUCACACAGGAAGCCGUGCCUGUUCUUCUGCAACAAAUGCUGCGCGAAAUGCCUCUGUGUGCCCUCUGGCACCUCAGGACACAAGGAAGAAUGCCCUUGCUACAACAAUUGGAAGACAAAAGAAGGAAAACCAAAAUGUCCCUGAAAAGUUAUAAAUGAAAGGGUUAAUUGCAUAUAGGCCCCCUGUAUUAUCGUUGUUUUGAGCUAACUACUCCCGCAGUUUUAUUGUUGCAGAUAGACCCAGGGUUGAACUUUUUCGACUCACAAUCACUAAUUUCACCCAUGGACAAUAUCUUCCAAAAUUUCACCCAGACCCAGGGGUUUAUCUGCAACA